AUGGACGUCCCGCUGCCGUCGCGGCAGUUUACGAUGGUGCCAGGGCAGAAUAUAGACCCUCUGUUUCUGUGCCCGCUCUGCCACGACUCCUGGGCGGAUCCGGUGGAAUUGGUGCCAUGCGGCGACAUCUUCUGCAAGCGGUGCAUCGACGCCGCCCGCGCGCAGCACGCGGUGCAGCCGAUGAUCAUGCAGAACUUUCAGUGCCCGCUGUGCCAAACUGUCUUACAGAGCGACAAGAAGCCCAACCGUAUGCUGCUGAACUCAGUGCUGAUGAUCGAGGUGGAGUGUCGGUACUGCCACUGGCGAGGGACGCGAGAGUCUUCGGAGCAGCAGCACACCUGCACGGGGGUGGACGGCGCCGUGAAGUCGAAUCACCACUCCACAGGGCUGUCAGACGUGGCCUUCUCGACAGCAUCGCCGCCGGCUGAGGGAAUGCCGACUCGAGAGGGCGGCGCACAGGCGUCCCCAUCGCCGCCGGCCUCCCAGCCCGCCGUCUGCAAUGGCCCGCGCCGGGCGCAGCGCGAGAUCGAGGAUGGCUACAUCCCCAUCGGCGACGACCCGUCGUCGGCGACGCUGCGAGCCAGCGACAUGUCACCAUUGAGAGACAGCGUCGAUCCCUCGCAGAACUGUAUUCCUGCUGAGGCGGUAUCGGCGAACAGCUCGUGUAUGGUCACAUUUCCGCUGCAGACACCACAUACGGGCCCCACAAAUGACAGCGCGUCGCACACUUGCACGUCGACCAGCGCCUCGCCGUCCCACCCCCAAGAGCUCUGGCGGCGCUACGGGCUCUCGCAGAUCGAGUACGACCAGCUCGUCGGAAUCUUUAUGAUGUUCGAUGGCGGCACCGGCCGUCUGAGCCGCGGGCGGCUGCGAGACUUGUGCUUCUGCAUGAACUUUGUCCAGCGUGAGGACGACGUUGGCGUUAUCUUCGCCAGCAUGGAUCACGCGUGCAAGGGGUACAUCUCUCAGGAUGACUUUCUGCGUUGGCUCAGCACGCAUCAGCCAGACCCAUCGGCGCUGUUCGGUCUUAGCCGGUACGAGUACACCGACGCCCUCUUGCAAUUUCGGACCGCCGACCCCGAGUACAACGGCGUCAUCGACGCAAGCAGCUUCCGCUACCUAUGCUUGAGGCACGGGUACGCGCAGACGCCUGAGCAGGCGAUGCGGCACUUCCAGCUGUGCGAUGAGCGGCGUACCGGGUACGUUAGCCUUCGGCAGUUCUUGCAGACUCUGAAGUUCAUAAAGACGGGUCAUGACGGGGACCUCGCGGCGCCGCCGCCAGCGAUCUCCAUCGCGGUUUCCGGCAGCUCACACUCAGGAUCCGGUCUACCACAACCCGCGGCUGCACCACGCUCCUCUUCCCCGGUGCACCUUUCUAGGAGGACUGGUGCAAGCAUCGGGGGCGGCGGGGCGUCCAGCUUCUCGGGCACUAGCGAGUCCGCCUCGCUGCAGGUAAGUGAGUGCUUCUUAAGCGAUACAGCGCAGGCAUCGCCUCACCCGUCCAGGCAGCUGCACGCCCAGCAUCAUGGGGCCUCAAAUUAUGCCUCUCUGGUGCAGCCUCCCAUGUCACCAUUAAGAGCGCCCUCUCAACGGCAGCAACGGCAACAGCAGCGCUUCGUGAACGGCGGCGGCGGCGUCGCGACGUUGCCUGUUAUUGGCCAGCAAAGGCCAGAAGCAAGCCCAACCGCGAAGGCUGUGCCGGCAUCACGGCUGCACCGACAGAACGGGCGUGGCAGCCGCGGUAAGGAAGAAUGCGUGGUGAUGUAG